UAACAAAACAAUAUUAGAAGUGAUCUCUUUGUAAUUGUAUUAUUACAAGACAAAUUAAAAUGAAGUUUAAUAAGUUGAUAGUUAUUAUAGUAGCUAUUAUUUUUGGAAUUGGGCUUGAAGGAUGUGAUUGUAAGGUUGUGCAAUUCAUAUUUGGAGACUCUCUUUCUGAUGUUGGAAACAAUAGGCAUCUUUCUAGAAGCCUUGCUCAAGCUAACUUGCCUUGGUAUGGUAUAGACAUGGGUAAUGGUUUGCCUAAUGGAAGGUUCUCUAAUGGUCGCACCGUUGCUGACAUUAUAGGUGAUAGUUUAGGCCUACCAAGGCCCCCUCCAGUACUAGACACAUCUUUAACUGAGAAAGAUAUAUUAAUAAAUGGAUUAAACUAUGCUUCUGGAGGUGGUGGUAUCUUGAAUGAGACUGGCACCUAUUUUAUUGAAAAGUUAUCACUAGACAAACAAAUUGAGUUGUUUCAAGGGACACAAGAAUUAAUUAGAAGCAAAAUUGGAAAAAGGGCUGCAGACAAGUUUUUUAAAGAAGCUCAAUAUGUUGUUGCUUUAGGUAGCAAUGACUUUAUCAACAACUACUUGAUGCCUCUUUACACUGAUUCAUGGACAUACAAUGAUGAAACCUUCAUGGAUUACUUGAUAGGAACACUAAGAAGACAAUUAAAGGUACUUCAUGGUUUAGGAGCAAGGCAAUUGAUGGUUUUUGGGCUGGGUCCAAUGGGGUGCAUUCCUCUUCAAAGGGUACUUACUACAACUGGAAAUUGUAGAGAAAAAGUAAACAAGCUGGCCCUUAGCUUUAAUAAAGCUUCAAGUGAACUAAUUGAUGAUUUGGUGAAGCAACUUCCUAAUUCAAACUAUAGAUUUGGAGAUGCAUAUGAUGUUGUCUCUGAUUUGAUUAGCAACCCACUUAAGUAUGGAUUCCAAAAUGCAGACUCACCAUGUUGUUCCUUUGGAAGAAUUAGACCUGCACUUACAUGUGUACCUGCAUCAACACUAUGCUCAGACAGAAGCAAAUAUGUGUUUUGGGACGAGUACCAUCCUUCGGACAGUGCUAAUGAGCUAAUUGCAAAUGAACUUAUUAAGAAAUUUGGAUUAUCAAGUACUGGUCAAAAUGCUGCUCCUUCACCAGCACCUGCUAUUGCUCCAUCUCCACAAGACUAAUCAUUCAAUGUUUUCAUUCCUAAUCUUGGAUUUGCAUGUCAUUUUCUAAAACUAUUUUCUUUAUGUUCUGUUCCAUGUGGAGUACUAGUUAGUUAGUUACACAUAAUUUCUUGUCAUGGUUUCAAGUUUCAACGUGUCUUUAUGAUUAAUACUACAUAAUAUAUAUAUAUACUGUUUCAAUAAGAAAGAAACUUC